CACAAUGCUCCCUUUCUCUCUCUUAGUCUCUCUCUCUCUAAGCACAGCGAAUAUAACCAGAACUAGAGGGAGAGAGAGAGAGAAUCUGAAAGAGAAAGAGAGAGAUAGAGAGAGCAAUUGGGGUGUUAUUUAGAGGGAGGUGGAGCUAGAAGGAGGAGGAGAAAGAAGUAAACGUUUUCUUAUCCAAUUUGGUUUCUUUAGGCUGGUUGGAUUGAAAAAUUCUGUCAACAUGUUGGAGGGUCCGUCCUAUCUCGUGACGAGGGACUUGCCGAGCUUGUGUGAACAAGAGAGCAAGUGGACUUACUGUACUUUCCGUUUGAUGGAGCUGUCACACAGCAAGCGCCGUUUGGAGGAUGGAGAAGAACAUCCAUUGAGAAAGUCAUGCAAGGUAUCAGAUACUCGUGAGGGAGAGGGAACAAGGAAGGGUUCUUCUGAUAUUGUUCUUGUCCAAACUGAACAACCAGAAGACCAGGACCACACAGGGGAGAAGUCAGAUUCAAGUUCUCUUAUCCACCAACUUGGGCGAGACAUAUCCAUUAACUGUCUUCUUAACUGCUCUAGGUCUGAUUAUGGCUCCAUUGCAUCACUGAAUAACAGCUUUCGGUCUCUUAUUCGUAGUGGGGAGCUAUAUAGGGAGAGGCGGAAAAUGGGUAUCAUAGAACAUUGGGUUUACUUCUCUUGCAGUCUCCUUGAAUGGGAUGCGUUUGAUCCAAUUUCCCGUCGGUGGAUGCAUUUGCCUAGAAUGCCUUCAAAUGACUGCUUCAUGUGUUCAGACAAAGAGUCGUUGGCUGUUGGUACUGAACUUCUUGUUUUUGGAAAGGAAAUAACGUCCCAUGUUAUUUAUAGAUAUAGCAUUUUAACGAACACGUGGUACUCUGGCAUGAACAUGAAUACACCUAGGUGCUUGUUUGGUUCUGCCAGCCUUGGUGAAAUCGCAAUUUUAGCUGGCGGUUGUGAUCCACGUGGCAAUAUCUUAAAGGUGGCUGAGCUAUAUAAUUCAGAAAAAGGAACUUGGGAGACUCUUCCAAGCAUGAAAAAAGCAAGGAAAAUGUGCUCGGGGGUAUUUAUGGAUGGGAAAUUUUAUAUUGUGGGUGGAAUUGGGGAGGGCAACUCAAAAUCGCUUACAUGUGGUGAGGUAUAUGAUCUGAAGACAAGGACAUGGACCGAGAUACCUAACAUGUUCCCUGGACGAAAUGGAGGGGCUGGGGCAAUUGAGGCACCUGCUGCCACCGAAGCACCUCCUCUUCUUGCUGUCGUAAAUAAUGUGCUUUAUGCAGCUGAUUAUGCACAAAAGGAGCUGAGGAAAUAUGACAAAGAGAUGAACUCAUGGGUCACAAUUGGGCGAUUGCCUGAGCAGGCAACCUCGACGAAUGGUUGGGGAUUAGCAUUUAGGGCUUGUGGAGAUCAGCUAAUUGUUCUGGGUGGACCUAGAGCUUUGGGUGGAGGGGUGAUUGAGCUUAAUUCUUGGGCCCCUUCUGAAGGCCCACCACAAUGGGACCUUCUUGCCAGAAAGCAAUCCGGCAGUUUUGUGUAUAAUUGCGCUGUGAUGGGAUGCUAAGGUUUCCAUUUUAGGUGAUGCCAUUGAUUUGUGUGGAGUCCUUUCUGGAUGGAAUUUACAGUCUUUGCUUUUCAAGGAAAUUGGAUUCAGAGUCAUGGGUUAUCUCUGCCCUCCUUUUUUGGGGAAAUUUCAGGUUUUAAUUUAGAGUCAGAUACUUUCUUAGAAGGAGGCCUGCAGGUUUACUUUUCACCCCCCUCCCCAUCAUAAUUGCUUCGCAACUUUACUUUUCUUUUUUAAGUCACCAUGAGAGCUUUUUAAAGUUUGGCUUCAUGUAGAACAGGCACAGGUGAAUAAUCUGAAGUACUGGUACAUGUUUUAGGCUUUGAUGACUAUUUGCAUAAGUUUUAUUCAAUCAUUGCAGAAUUGUGUAA